GGCGCUGCUGCAGAUAUUCCGCUCCAAGAAGUUCCCGUCGGACAAACUGGAGCGGCUGUACCAGCGCUACUUCUUCCGUCUGAACCAGAGCAGCCUCACUAUGCUUAUGGCUGUGCUGGUGCUCGUGUGCCUCGUUAUGUUGGCCUUCCACGCGGCGCGGCCCCCGCUCCAGCUGCCCUACCUGGCAGUGCUGGCGACCGCGCUUGUCUCCAAUGUCCUCAUUUUCUCCUGCACCAACAUCGUGGGUGUCUGCACCCACUACCCGGCGGAGGUCUCCCAGAGACAGGCCUUCCAGGAAACCCGGGAGUGCAUCCAGGCACGGCUCCACUCACAGCGGGAGAACCAGCAACAGGAGCGGCUCCUGCUGUCUGUCCUGCCCCGACAUGUUGCCAUGGAGAUGAAAGCAGACAUCAACGCCAAGCAAGAGGAUAUGAUGUUCCAUAAGAUUUACAUCCAGAAACAUGACAACGUGAGCAUCCUGUUUGCUGACAUCGAGGGCUUCACCAGCCUGGCAUCCCAGUGCACAGCCCAGGAGCUGGUCAUGACCCUCAACGAGCUCUUCGCCCGCUUCGACAAGCUGGCCGCGGAGAAUCACUGUUUACGUAUUAAGAUCCUGGGGGAUUGUUAUUACUGUGUCUCUGGGCUGCCUGAAGCGAGGGCUGACCACGCUCACUGCUGCGUGGAGAUGGGCAUGGACAUGAUUGAGGCCAUCUCGUUGGUCCGGGAGGUGACAGGGGUGAACGUGAACAUGCGCGUGGGAAUUCACAGCGGGCGAGUACACUGCGGUGUCCUUGGUCUCAGGAAGUGGCAGUUCGACGUCUGGUCUAAUGACGUCACGCUGGCCAACCACAUGGAAGCUGGAGGCAAGGCAGGGCGCAUCCACAUCACCAAGGCCACGCUCAACUACCUGAAUGGCGACUACGAGGUGGAGCCAGGCUGUGGGGGCGAGCGCAAUGCCUACCUCAAGGAGCACAGCAUCGAGACCUUCCUCAUCCUGCGCUGCACCCAGAAGCGGAAAGAAGAAAAGGCCAUGAUUGCCAAGAUGAAUCGCCAGAGAACCAACUCCAUUGGGCACAACCCGCCCCACUGGGGGGCUGAGCGUCCCUUCUACAACCACCUAGGGGGCAACCAGGUGUCCAAGGAGAUGAAGCGGAUGGGCUUCGAAGACCCUAAGGACAAGAACGCCCAGGAAAGUGCAAACCCAGAGGAUGAAGUGGACGAAUUCCUGGGCCGUGCCAUUGACGCCAGGAGCAUCGACAGGCUGCGGUCUGAGCAUGUCCGCAAGUUCCUCUUGACCUUCAGGGAGCCUGACUUAGAGAAGAAGUACUCCAAGCAGGUGGAUGACCGAUUCGGUGCCUAUGUGGCCUGUGCCUCGCUUGUCUUCCUCUUCAUCUGCUUUGUCCAGAUCACCAUCGUGCCCCACUCCGUGUUCAUGUUGAGUUUCUACCUGACCUGUUUCCUGCUGCUGACCUUGGUGGUAUUUGUGUCCGUGAUUUAUUCCUGCGUGAAGCUCUUCCCGGCCCCGCUGCAGACCCUCUCCAGGAAGAUUGUGCGGUCCAAGAUGAACAGCACCCUGGUCGGAGUGUUCACCAUCAUCCUGGUGUUCCUGUCGGCUUUUGUCAACAUGUUCAUGUGUAACUCCAAGGACCUGUUCGGCUGCCUGGCGGACGAGCACAACAUCAGCGCCAGCCAGGUCAACGCGUGCCACGUGGUGGAGUCGGCGGCCAACUACAGCCUGGGUGACGAGCGGGGCUUCUGCAACAGCCCCUGGCCCAACUGCAACUUCCCCGAGUACUUCACCUACAGCGUGCUGCUCAGCCUGCUGGCCUGCUCCGUGUUCCUGCAGAUCAGCUGCAUUGGGAAGCUGGUGCUCAUGCUGGCCAUUGAGCUCACAUACGUGCUCGUCGUUGAGGUGCCCCGUGUCACGCUCUUUGACAAUGCCGACCUGCUGGUCACCGCCAACGUCAUAGACGUCAGCAACAACGGGACCUCCCAGUGCCCUGAGCAUGCAACCAAGGUGGCGCUGAAGGUGGUGACGCCCAUCAUCAUCUCAGUCUUUGUGCUGGCCCUGUACCUGCACGCCCAGCAAGUAGAGUCCACCGCCCGCCUGGACUUCCUCUGGAAACUGCAGGCCACAGAGGAGAAGGAGGAGAUGGAGGAGCUGCAGGCCUACAACCGGCGGCUGCUGCACAACAUCCUGCCCAAGGACGUGGCUGCCCACUUCCUGGCCCGUGAGCGACGCAAUGAUGAGCUCUACUACCAGUCGUGUGAGUGCGUGGCGGUCAUGUUUGCGUCCAUCGCCAACUUCUCUGAGUUCUACGUGGAGCUGGAGGCCAACAAUGAGGGUGUUGAGUGCCUGCGGCUGCUCAAUGAGAUCAUCGCCGAUUUUGACGAGAUCAUCAGUGAGGAUCGGUUCAGACAGCUGGAAAAGAUCAAGACCAUUGGCAGCACCUACAUGGCUGCCUCAGGCCUCAAUGACUCUACUUAUGACAAGGUGGGCAAGACCCACAUCAAAGCCCUGGCUGACUUUGCCAUGAAGCUCAUGGACCAAAUGAAGUACAUCAAUGAGCACUCCUUCAACAACUUCCAGAUGAAGAUUGGACUCAAUAUUGGCCCCGUAGUGGCCGGGGUGAUCGGGGCUCGCAAGCCUCAGUACGACAUCUGGGGCAAUACGGUAAACGUGGCCAGCCGCAUGGACAGCACCGGUGUGCCUGAUCGCAUCCAGGUCACCACGGACAUGUACCAGGUGCUGGCUGCCAACACCUACCAGCUGGAGUGCAGGGGUGUGGUCAAGGUCAAGGGGAAAGGCGAGAUGAUGACCUACUUCCUCAACGGUGGACCCCCACUCAGUUAGCAGCUGCCAGCCGGUGAUGCCAGGCAGCCUGGCCUCCAGAGAAAUGGCAAUGGCUUCUUUGUGUGCCGUAGGGGGGUGCAGGUGGAAGCCUGUGCUCUAGCCCAUGCGGCCGCGUCAGUGAGAUUCUCCACUUUGACUCCAGAAGCAGCUUCUGCCUUUGUGGGCAGGCCGCAGCCUCUGUCCCAGGCCCCAGGGUGCCAGCGUCCUGCGAGCACCAAGCUGACCAAAGAUGUUUCCUCCUUAGAAGACUCCGCUAGGCGCGACCUGAAUCUCGAGUUUUCUAACGGGUGCUGCUGCGCAGGUGGAAGGGAGCUGCUGAGUACUUACGGUGUGUGCGGCAGCCCAGCGUGCAAUGACAGGGCUGAAGGGGAGGCCUCGGCCGGGUGGGUGGGUUGGCGGCCCGAUUCUGGCCCAGGGGAACCCAGCGGCCCCGGGGGUCCGCUUCCCUACGUGAGCCUUUAAACACCCCGACAGAGGCCAUGGCCCCUCCCCCACAGAGGGGCGUGCUGGCUCUGGGGGGGCUGCAGUCUUCUCCGCAGCCCUCCUCCUCACCUACAUAGGUGGACAGUGCCUCUUCGAGGGGAACAGAACACAUUGCGAGGUGGAGGCGAGCAGACUCGAGGCAAGGAGGGGUGGUUCUGAGAAAAAGAAAAUAUUUAUUAAAUAAAACAACUUUCUGUGCCCUUCUUUAGACUAUCCUAGUUGUAUGCGUAUGAGACCCACAAGCAAACAAAGAUGCCACUGGGGGUUGGGGGGGUGGGCGAGGAUCCCAAUUUGUCUUUUUUGUAUUUUUUAUUUUGUAUUAUUGAAAACCUUGGAGAUCUAACAAAUAUACCAAAUUCUAUAUUUUGUAAAUUAUAUUAGAAAACAGCUGUGCACAGCGUUUGUACUGGUGUAGAUGUGUGUGUGCAUUUGUGCCGUGGAACUAGUCACAUGCAGGAUGCCUGUUGCCCUCACUUCACUUCAGAUUAGGCAGUUUUGGGUUUUCCCAGGUCCAACCAGAGCAGUGAGCGUGUCCUUUUGGGGUGCCCUACAUUCAGAUUAAAUGGGAAGUUACAUGCAUACAUUACCCGAUUUCUCUAACAUCACUUCCCCUCAGUAAAAUGCAAAUGGAUAAUAAAGCAAAAACCUGCUUUCCCAUCUCAGGCUGAGCUGGAAUAAAGGGAAGCAGCCUCAGCCUGCGAAAGACUGCAUGGCCCCUGUCCCCUCUUCUCCCUGAGGUGCUGGCCGUUUGCUGCCUGCAGAGGCAGCCCAGGGAUGGCCGCGGGCGCCCAGGCGGCACGGGGGGCGGGGGGAAGCCUUGCCUGUCUGCCUUCCUCAGUUGGCUGCCGAGCAGGCGGCUCGCCCAGGGAUAAUGCCUCAGAUUUGGGGGUAACGUGCAGCCCUCAGGUUCAGGGAGGGUGGUACUUUGCUCUCCAUCUACCGAACACACAGAGAAAAGGAUAGAGCCCAGCUUCAGCAUCCAAAGGGCAAAGCUAGCAGAAAUUUCGUUUUGUCUGGUUUUUGUUUUUUGGGAGAGGGAAGUGAAGUAUAUUGGAAAAACUAUUUUUUUAUAUCCUCUGAGGGUAUAAAACUGGAAAAUAAUAUAUUAUCAUAGAGAUCUAUUCAAACAGAAUCCUUGGAUCCCAUGCCCACAUCUUUUUGUUGCUUCUCAGGGCAGAAUUAUUCUCAUCUCCAACAUGAUCUUGAAGGAGGUUUGCCAUGAUUGUCAACUGCAAAACACCACUUUGAUGCCCACCCACACCACCUCUCACUGGACACUAGCAUCGGCCUCCCCCCUUUUUUUAUGUAUAUGUGCUGCCAAAGUGAGCACCCACCUCCCCUCUCCACACACCAUCUCACCCCAAUUUGAACAUGGCUCUGAGAAGCAAAGCUUGUGGACCUGAAACUGCCAGCUUGAGUCUGUCCACGCUUCUGCUGCUCUGUCCUUUGGGUUCUGCAUUGCCCCUCUUGCACCUGUGGGGGGGCUGGCUUUCUCCAUGGUGGCGUUCUCAAGUCCUCUGCCCCUUCAUAUUGGCCGCCAGCAGUGCUGGGUGUUAAUUUUGCUUCCAACCUGAGUAACGCGGUGUGUGCGGAGUUCCUCCAGUGGUUUCCCCCAAUUGGUUCCGGUCUCCUCGGCCUAUCCCAGCAGUGACUGGCGACACCAGUGCUAGCUCUUCAUUCCCUCCAAGGGUGUGCACUCUUUAUAUUCCUGCUCUUGCAAAAACAGGUAUGAUUAUGAUUUCCCAUGGAAAUUGAAAAGUCUAUUUAAAUAAUUUAACUAUUAAACACUUUCACUGGUAA